AGAUUGUAGAGGCGCGGAGCAACGAGAAGGACAGUACAAGUAUUUUCUGAAAGCCGCAUAAUGAGCGUGACCGAUGAUGAAUUCGACUUCAUCGACGAAGCUAUCACAGAUCUUAUCCUGGAACCUUUGGAGGAGGUCCUUCUAGGGAUUUUCCCGAACCUAGUGAACUUAAGGCUAGCUCGAUUAUUUUCAUUCCUAUCAACGUCCUGAGUGACAGAUGGUAAGGACGCUCAAAAGGUGCAGCAAGAUCUGAAAAAAACGUCUACACCGUCCUCGACUCCCGGAAAGAUACGACCGUCUU